AGCGGUGUGAGCUUUGUCAACUUGUUUGAUUUUUUUUUUUAAAAAAAAACAUUAUAAAAGGUGGUAGUGUUGGUGGUGGUGGAGGGGGCAUGAAGAUGAUGGUGGUGUGGAAGGAGAAGUGAGGAGAAAAUGAAAAAUACAAAAAUACGGUAUUUUAUACAAAUACAGGGCGUUAUAAGGAAAUUUUAGGGCGUGAUUUAGCAAAUGAGUAACUUUAUUUAAAUUUAUCUUCUUAAAUGUCAAGUUCUUACCCCAAGAGCAUGAAAGUCAAAAAUAAAUAAAAAAGAAUGCACUCCUUACCAGCAAUUUAAGGUCAAAAGUUUACCAAAAAAUUCUGCAUUUAGUCUAAAACCAUAAUUUCAUCAAAAACAACCGUAUAUUGUUUCACCCAGAGAGCAUAUAUGGAGGAGGAGGUGAGACUACUGGGAGAGUGGUCUAGUAUUUACUGCCACAGAGUCAUCUGGGCUCUGAAACUCAAGGGUGUUAGCUACGAUUACACGAAAGAGGAUUUAGCAAACAAGAGCAAUGAUCUUAUACGAUAUAAUCCAGUCUAUAGGAGGGUUCCGAUCCUCGUUCAUAAUGGAAAGCCUAUGGCAGAAUCAAUUUUUAUUCUUGAGUAUAUCAAUGAGGUGUGGCCUCAUAACCCCCUGCUUCCUGCUGAUCCUUAUGAGAAGGCCAUGGCACGAUUUUGGGCUAAGUUUAUAGAAGAUAAGAGCCCAACAUUUUAUUCUUACUUCCGAGCUGUUGGAGAAGAGCAAGUGAAACUAGCAAAAGAAGCUAAAGAACUACUUCAAAUAUUAGAAGAGAAAGGAUUAGGGGAGAAAGAGUUUUUCGGCGGGGAUCAAAUUGGGCUCACAGAUAUAUGCUUGGGAUGGAUUGCUUGCUGGAUUGAACUAAUGCAAGAAGCAGCAGGAAUCAAAGUAUUUGAAUCUGAUAGCCUACCCAAAAUACAAGCUUGGAGCAAGAGAUUUAAGGAGGUCCCAGAGAUCAAAGAGAACAUAGCAGAUAAGGAUAAGAUGUUGCUCUACUUCAGAGGGCUAAGGGAGAAAUUUACUGCAGCUAAAGCACCAUAAUUAAGGCGAUUUUUUCGUAAUAAUAAUGUCAAUUGCAGAAGAGAGAAUUGAUGAGGACACCAAGGCAAUAGCUAUGAAAGGGUCUGAUCACCUUGGUCUUGGAUGUGAUGAGAUUCAAUUUGUUUGCUGCUAAGAAAGAGUUUCUCACUUGUAUUACUUGGCUGAAGUGUAAUAGUCUAGUUAGUCUUGCUUAGUAUACUAUCUUUUAUAGCUUUUUUAGUGAAUAAGCUCAUGGUUUUUGCCUAACUGUUAAAAGUUGGGAGUUUUACAUGAUCCAAAAGUCUUUAAACCACUAGGGGCAUGUGUUACAGUUUUAUUUAAGCCUCUUACUUGGACCGCAAGCUAGUUAGGAGCUUUAUUUGUUUGCUAAGCCUAGUUAGGGUGGGGCUGCAAGUAAGAGGAAACAGUCCUAAUUCAUGCAAUUUCCUAAUUCUUGUAUAGUUGGGAUCUACUUAGGAGACCCAACUCAUGCUGAUUAUAGUGCUUAAUGUUCAUUAAGGAGUGAAUUGAAAUUAGGAUUUUUUUUAUAAGAAUAAUACAAACUUUUGCC